AAAAAAGAGUUGCAUGAAGUUGAUUGAAUAUGGCGCUGACUGUCGCUAUAACCUCGAUAAAACAAACGUGUUUGUAACCGGUGAACGACCAUGUGCAAAAGUACAAGCUGUCUAUAAAUGUAAAUAUAACUGAUUAAAAACUAUACAAAUAAAGUUUGAAGAAGUUGAAGGCGACAUUGCCAAGCAGAAUAUAAAAUAUAUUGGCAAUUAAUUUUCCCAUAACCUUGGUGGUUAUUGUACGUGCAUUUUUUGAUACAUUUUAUGUGUUAACUAAGCAGUAACCUCUAGAUCGUUAUACGGAAAUAAAUAUUAUUGACAAUGAUACUGAAGAAUUUUCCACGAGGUGGGAAAAAACCUCAGGACAAGAAAUCAUCAACUUCGCAGUUGUUUAAACAGUAUGAAAAAUCGAAUAAAAAGAAUCGUGAAAAACAAAAGUCAGGCAUACAGAAUAAAGAUGAAACAAAUUUGGUUGCUUCUACUGCAGAAAGAUUAUCUUACCCAACAAUAUCAGAAGGAUUGGUAGUUUUAGGGUGUAUCUUUGAAGUGACACAAUAUGAUUUAAUGAUAUCUUUGCCAGGUGGCCUAAUAGGUCGUGCUCAGGUUACAGAUAUCAGUGAAUCUUAUACAAACAUGUUGCAAAAUUUAAUUAAAACAGAAGAUACACAACCAAAUGAUUUCAAACCAUUGUCAGAAUUAUAUUCUUGUGGAGAUUAUGUUGUAUGUUAUGUAAAAAGUAUACAACCUCAAGAAAAGUGGCAAAUUGUUUUAUCACUUGAUCCUAAAUUGAUAAAUCAAAAUUUAGAUAUCAGUUAUUUGCACAAUGGAUCAAAAAUAUUGUGUAAUAUUAGUAGUAUAGAAGACCAUGGAUUUGUUGUAGAUACAGGUUUAACAAAUAUAAGAGCAUUUAUACCCACUCCAAAGAAUAAUGAAAAAUAUUUUUAUCCAGGUAAACAGCUGUUAUGUACUGUUCGAGAAAUUGAAACCAAUGAAAAUAUGUCAACAGUUAAAUUAUCCACAAAACACAAACACAUUAUAGUUACAAAUAAUACUGAAAUCAAAUCAUUGGACUGUCUGAUGCCAGGCACAAAAUUUGAACUUUAUGUAAACAAGAUACUUUCUAAUGGACUAUAUGUUUCAUUUGGUAGUAACCACAGUGGAUAUAUCAAUCAACUUUAUUUAGAUGAGCCUUUAGCUAAAUAUUCAGUAGGAAUGGAAAUUACUGGUACAUUGCUGUAUAUUUUGCCAACUGUAAAAUUUGGAUACUUCAGCUUAAUGGUGGAUAAAUCUAGAAAUGAUGCUGUGAAGCUUGGAGAUAUAAUUGAUGAAGCUACUACUUUAUUCAGAGAAUCAGGUGGAAUUACAUUGCAAUUAAACAAGAAUGGAGUAAGAGGAUUUGUUCCUUUGAAAAGAACAAAUGUGGAUUAUGAUAAAAUUAUUGAAAAAUUUAUACCCGGUUCUAAACAUAAAUGUAGGGUGUUAACAUAUAGUUGGAUGGAUGCUGUUUAUAUUUGUACAAUGCAACAUUCAUUAUUGGAACAGAAAUAUUUUUCACUGCUUGAUUUGAAACCAGGUGAUGUUGUAAAUAUAAGAAUUAUAAGUAUCAAUGCAGAAACUGGUUUUGUUAAUGUUCAACUUGGUAAAAUAAAUGGACAAGUUGCACCAGAACAUGUGUCUGAUGCUGGUUUGAGCGAUCUAAAAAAAUUAAAAGUUGAUACAGAAGUUGAAGCGAAAGUUUUAGGUAUCAGCACGGCACGAAACAAGGCAUAUUUCACUUUAAAGAGAUCACUAUUAACGAGCAAUUUACCUGUUUUAAGCGAUAUAAAAGAUGCAGAAUGUGGCUCAAAUUACCAUGGAACUAUUAUACAAAUAAAUAAUAGUGGAUUAUUGGUAAAAUUUUUUGGCGAUAUCAAAGGUUGGAUUCCUCGAAAUACAUCGAACAAGGAAGCAUCGGAAGUGAAUUGGAAUUAUUCCGUUGGACAAACAGUUUUGGUACAAAUUAAAUCGGUAGAUCAAAAUUUAGGAAAGAUAAUUUUGACUAUACCUACUGAGGAUAAGAAAAGAGAAGAAAAUGUAUUUACUAUCGGCGAACACGUGGAAGGAACAAUUAUCGAAUCAUCUACUCAAGGUGUAUAUUUGAGAAUCAGUAAAAAUGAUGGACAGGAUGUUAGUACUGGAUUUUUACCAGCUGGACACAUGUCACCUUGUAUGGAGACUGCAGCUUUGUUGGCAUCAAAAUGCAUUCCUGGAGAUACUCUCUCUGCUUUAGUAUUUGCUACUACACCGAGCUUAAUAUUAACAGCAACAUUUCUAACUGACGAAAAAUAUAGAAGUUUUGAACAGUUGAGAGUAGGAGACUGUAUACCUUGUUCCAUUAAAGACAUUGAACCAGAUGGUGUAAAAGUUAUUUUACCAGUCUCAGGGUGUACACCAUUUGGAUUCGUUUCUUAUAGUAACGUUAGUCAUUUCAAAUUACUGCACAUACAUCAAAUUUUAUUUGCAAAAGUUUUUUCCAUUAACAGGAAAGAAAAGGAAAUAAAUGUGACUCUAUCAUUAAAAAAGGUGUAUAAUGGAUUAUUGGAUACUUAUAGUAAACUUAUAGUAGCGGUGGAUACUCUGACUUUGUAUUUUAAUAAAUUAGCAGAAUUAGCAAAAAAUCCAUUUUAUGACAACAGACCAAUUUCGUCAGUCAGGCUAGGACAAAGAGUUACUGGCAAAGUUGAAAAAAUUACGAAUAGUGGACUAGUAGUCGCAUUAGAAAAUAAUUUGCAGGGUAUAGUAUCUAAAGACCAUUAUUCUGGAAAUCUCAAAGUUGGAGACACGGUUGUUGGAACGGUUAUGUGGAAGAAUUAUGUACAUGAACUUGUCGAAUUAACCCUGAAACCUACGACAAUGAAAAGUAUAAGUGAGGAUCAGAAUAAGCAAAUCGAAAUUCCUCAGGAGAAAUUACUAAAGGGCAGAAUUUUAAUGGUGACAAAUUGGUUUAUUUUAAUUGUCAUAAAAGGUGAGGACAAAGGAUUUUUAGCGGCAAUGCCUGUGAAACGACAUAUGAAUGAUAUACAACCAGAUUUAUCACCCUAUAGUGUCCAUGCAAAAAUCAGAUGUUACAUUAUAUUGAAUUCUAAUGAAUCCGAUAUCGUGCCUAUUUGUAUGGUAAAAUCAGCAUUCGAAGAAAAGAAGAAGAAAAAGAAAAAACAGAGUACUAACAAAUUGAAAAGGAAAGGAAUGAUUUCAGGAAGUGAGGUGAUUCCUGUUAAAAAAGUAAAAACCGAAAAGGAUGAGCCAGAUGUUGAACUUCCAAAUAAAAACAAAAAAGGUAAAUUAAAAACAGAAGACUUAGAAAAAGCAAAUUUGAAAGAAACACGUGCUAAACAGAAAAAGGAAAAGAAAUUGAAAAAGAUAAAACAAGAAAAAGAGGAAGAAGAAACUGAAGACAUUAAACCAUUUAAUAGUGUUAUAAGGCAGUUAAAUUUUGAUGCUAUUGAUAAUGAAAAUGAGGAAAAGCCAAGAAUACCUGAAUGUGGAUUCUUUUGGGAUGAUAAACCUAAUUUGGAAUUACUCACCAAAGAAUCAUCAAGUGAAAGCGAAGAUGAUACAGAAGAACAGCCGAAACAGAAAAAGAAAAAGUUAAGCGCUGCUGAACGCAGGGAGAAAGAGAGACAAAAGGAACGCGAAAUUCGACAAAGGGAAGAAGCGUUAGCUAGCAAUCAAUUGCCAAACUCUGUGGAUCAAUUUGACAGACUAGUUUUAGCAAGUCCAGACAGUUCAAUAAUUUGGUUACAAUAUAUGGCAUACCACCUACAAUCAACAGAAAUAGAAAAAGCCAGGGCAGUUGCUAGAAGAGCUGUGAAAACUAUAAGCUUUAGGGAAGAAAAUGAACGUUUGAAUGUAUGGAAUGCUUGGUUAAACUUAGAAUCAAAGUUUGGAACUUCUGAAUCUUUAAAUGAUGUUUUCCAAGAAGCUGUAAGGACUAAUGAUUCAUUAAAAGUGUACACACACAUGUUAACUGUACAUCUUGAAGCUGGUAGACAGUUUGAAUUAGAGAAAACAAUUAAUACUAUGAUUGGAAAGUUUAAACAAAAUCCUCAAGUAUGGAUUGAAUGUGGAUCUGUGCUAUUAAAGAUGGGAUUGAAAGACAAAUCUAGACACAUCAUGCAACGAGCAUUGCAAUCUUUACCAGCAUCUGAUCAUGUAAAUUUAAUGGCAAGGUUUGCAAUCUUGGAAAACAAGUAUGGAGACAAGGAAAGAGCACAGACUCUUUUCGAGCAAAUUUUAAGUUCUUAUCCUAAACGUGUCGAUAUAUGGUCAUGUUACGUCGAUACUCUAGUCAAAUCUGGUGAUGUUGAUAUAGCCAGGAAAGUACUGGAGCGAGCAGUUAUACAAACGUUACCACCAAGGAAAAUGAAAUCUUUGUUCAAGAAAUUCAUUAAUUUUGAAGAACAACACGGUACUCAGGAAAAUGUAGCACGCGUUCAACAAAUGGCUGUUGAGUAUGUCGAAAAACAGUGUAGUCAAGACAGUUAGAAGAAUUUAACUGACAAAUUAGAAAUACAAAUGUUUCAUAUAUGUGUUAAAAUUGUAUAAAAAUUAUAAAAACUUCAUUUAUAAAAUUUGUAAUUCUACACCUUAUAAGUUUUCUUUAUUUUAUUUACAUAAUUUUGUAUAUGUACUGCAUUUGUUAUUAAUAUAGUAUGUUCGAGAUCAAUUGAUGAUUUGAAUUCAAAAGAUUUUCGCGCUUCGUUUGUGGUUGGUAGUUGGAGGCGAUGCGCAUCUGAUAUAUGGCAACACUGGUAUAGAUGUUCCACCCUAGAGCAAUCGAGACGACAUUUUGUUCUGCGCUAGCGCAGAAUGCGGUAGUCGCGGAAGCGAUGACUGUCAACGCGGAAAUCGGCAACCUUAUAAACGCCAUAUUGUUUGCGCGCACGUUGUAUUAAGAAAGUCAGUAGUGAUAAAUUUCGCGAUAUCGGAAGUGUGUUUGUCACGAGAGGAAGUGUCAAAGAAAAGGUAA